AUGACUGUGCAGGAGAAAAACAAGAAGAAAACUUCAAUGUUACAAGUGGGAGAAGCGUUAGAGAAUGUCACAUUAGCGUCUCCCUUAGACAAAUAUCGCUUUCAAAUUUUGGACAGCGGUGUAUUAGCCUUAAUAAACACUGAAAAUAAGCAUACAACAUUUAUCUCUGAUACAAAUUCAUACUGGCCCGUGCGAUGGCAUUCAGAAAUGCAGAAGGAUGGAGUACUCAGUCUUACCUGGUCACAUCCUAGUCCAUCAAGACAAGGGACGGCGUGGACCUCGAACUUUCUACCUAAUUGUAAAGGACUAGAAUCAGCAAUGGCUAAAUCGUCGAGUCCUUUUCUAGAGCUGCUUGACAGUGGAUUGUUGCACAUUCGUUCUGAUCAACGCAUACUCUGUGUAUUGCACUCCGCUACAGAAGACAAAGGUCGAUUGGCAGUACUCAUUAGUGGUUUCUUACGCACGUAUCUGCAGACAUGCACUAGUCAUGUUCAAAAGAUUUUGUCUCUUUGGCAGGAUUUGGAAUGA